AUGAUGAAGAAAAAAAAUUAUAGAGAGCAUCAAAGUGACCACGACGAAGACAACGGAGAAGAUGCAAAGUCGUGUAGAACCAGUGAGGAUUGCAGAAAGCAAAAUCAUUCAGAAAUCGAGAAAAGACGAAGAGAUAAAAUGAACGCCCUUCUCAAAGAACUGUCUCAAUUGGUUUCUGGAGGUAAUCAGUCAAGAGGCAGGUCUGAUAAACUAGGCGUUCUUAGAAGGGCAGUGUUUCGGGUUCGAUGUGCUCAAAAUUCAAAACAUGGUACUAACACUGGUGAAGCUGCAAAUACGGAACUAGUUAAUCGCUGGAAGCCCAGUGAUAUCGACAUAAAAGCUUUAGGACAAAAAAUACCAGAGCAAUGUUUUUUGUUUGCAGUCGGUUGUUCCAGAGGAAAAAUAUUAUAUACAUCCACAUCGAUUGCUAACGUACUGCGUUAUAAACAAUCCGAACUUGUGAGCCACAGUUGGUUUGAUGUGUUACAUCCAAAAGACGUACCAAAAGUGAAAGAACAGUUGUCUGUUCUUGAUUUAACAGAUGCCAAAUGUCUCUAUUCUGAUACGUUUCGAACAUUCUUUCCUGGAGCAAGGCGAUCAUUUUGCUGUCGAAUGCGAGUAAAAACAACAAGCAUUUUGAACGAUGAUGCAGAUACAUCUACAGACGACCCUCGACUACCUUUUGAAGAACGCCGAUUCAUAGCAUUGCAAUGCUAUGGCUAUCUGAAAUCAACAAAUAAUUCCGAACCAUGCCUGGUGGCAUCGGCCCGACCCAUGCCCGCAAAAGUGGUAUCGAGCGACAGCUACGCCUCGCGCCAUGGCGUAGAUGGACGGUGCCUCUACGUUGAACCGCUUUAUGGUCUCGUUUUUGGCCAACUGCCUCAAGAAAUGGAAGGCAGUACAAAUGAUAAACAUCUCAUGGUGCCAGGUGUUAAGCUCAAAGCUUUUAAAAACCCGUGGACUAGGGAUACCGAGUUCAUGGUCGCACGAUAUUCAACCGAAAGCGCUUGA